AAGACGACUGCCAUGUAUCCGAACGAAACACAGAAUACCGACUGUCUAGAAGGAAGCAUUACGCAGCAUUUCGCUUACCUGCACGGCGUUCUCCAAAAUGUCGAGCGAAAAAUCAUCGACUCGCUCCACAAGCGGCACGAUUCAUGGAACAAAAAUAUCGACGAGAUCUCGCAGCAGCUGAGGGAACACGAGGAUCGUUUGCAAUCUGCGCUUGUGGUGAUAGGUUCGAUUACAGAAAACCUGGACAAAAUAGAUAUUCAGCAAGUGAUACGGAACUUGCAGAAGUUAGCCGACAUCCCUUGUCAUUUGGUAAUCACCUCUAAUUCGGACGAGAAAGAAAUUAGAUUCAAUAUCGACCAGACCAUCGUGAACACUCUGGAGAAGCACUGUACCAUACACGUGCCAGCAGCGUCCAAUUUCAGUUUGCAACGAACGGAAUUGUUGCCGGACGAUUACGAGAUCGAGCCGCUCACGGAGGAGAUCAGCAUUCUGAGAUUGCGAGAUAAGUCCGCAGGAAUGAAAGCGACGUCGGCGGUGGCCAUCGCGCCGCGAACUAACGAUAAUCAUCCUUCUGUGGGUGUCUCUGAGAUGGUCCGCGUCACUCACGUCAUCGAUCCAUCAUGUUUUUAUGUACAAUUGAUACAGCACCAGAAUAAAUUAGCGGAGCUCACCAAAGAGUUGGCGAUGCUGGCCAACACAUCGGGCAUUAUACCCACAGAAGUGACGUUAAAUGGUUCGUAUGUCGUGCAGUGUUCCAGAGACCGAAAUUGGUACCGUGCACGUGUUGUCAAUAAAAGAACCGAUCCUAACAAGGACGAGAGGUACACCGUGUUCUUUGUGGAUUACGGAAUGAACGAAGAGAACGUACCGUUAUCCAGAAUGCGAAACAUUAUACCAACUUUCUCGAUGCAUUCGGGAAUGGCCCUUAGGUGCACAUUAUUCGAUGUUGUCCCGAACGGUGGUGCAUGGCAUCCCGAUGCUACUGAGGCGUUCAAAAAACUGGUGUGCACAAACACCAUGGUCUCGAUGUGUGUAAUGAUGAGAACCGGUGACACUUUUUACGUUGACCUCUGCGCCGUGUCCUCGAAAGACUCAGGAUUAAUACCUGUAAAGGACUCGUUAACCUACAUGAAAUACGCAACCUGCGUUUCAUCAAAUACAUUGAUGAGAAUGAAUCCUGAUUCCACGACAAAGUAUUACAAGGAACAGCUCGAGUUAGAAAGCUAUAUAGAUGUUGAAGUUUUGUUCGUUGAAUCUCCUGAUUGCAUAUACGUUCAGAAAAUCCACUCAAAUAGGUCGUACCAUUGCAAAAUGAUACGUGAGCUGACGGAAACCUACGAGCACAAUUUAUCUUCCACUGAAUACAUUCCUGUGCCUCAUAAAGAUCUACCGUGUGCAGCGCCUGGCGUUGAUAAACGUUGGCACAGAGGUAUAAUAACUGACGUUACUGAAAUCUCAGUGCAAGUUUUUUUCGUUGACUUAGGAUACACGCUAAUGUUUAAUUAUAAUGCAAUAAGAGCCCUGCCAAAGAAGUAUAUGAGUUGCAAAACUCAGGCAAUAAGAGUCUCGUUGAGGAACAUCAAACCCCCGUACGGGAACUGGGAUCAAUGGCGAUUAGAGGCAAUUGAAUUUCUAAAGAAAUGCCUCAUGCAUUCAACAAAGCCUUAUAAAAUUGUCGCUUUCGACAAGUCUGGCGAUACGUAUAAUGUCGUUAUGUAUAGGCAUGACAAAACUAAUGUUGCCUAUUUAUUAAUAAAGAAUGGUUUUGCACUGAACACAAGACCAAGUCCCCGUAAUGCGAACACGGGAGGAAAGAGUCGGAAUAGAAGACAGAAACAUAGAAGAGCUAUUAAUAAUAUGAAAGAGCCAACAGAGUCGGAAGAACCAAUAGAACAGGUGGAACGUAUUGCGUCUGCAGAAUCGCAUACAAUAUUAAAUACAAGUACAAGAAGCACAUCGGAAGAAACUGAGGAUCCGUUUAAAGUGCAUGUUCUGGUCCACCAAGUCCGGUCUCCGGACUGUAUUUACGUGUCCGAUGCCAUGUGCGAACAGACAGGCAUCGAAGAAAUGAUGAAACAGAUACAAGAAUUUUAUAACAAGUAUCGUUCCACGAAACAGGAAGUCUGGAACAUGGAUGCUGUUUGCGCAGUCUAUUCAGCGAAUAACAGCAUGUAUUACCGAGGUAAAAUCGUCGAGAUAAACACGAAGGGCAAUGUAGUCGUAUUUUUAUACGACAUUGGAGUCGAGGAAACUGUAUCGAUAAAUGACAUACAAGCAUUGUAUCCACCGUUUUUCAAAAUACCCACUUCCGUUUUUAAAAUCAAAUUAUCCGGCAUAUUACCGUGCGGAGGAUCAUCAAGUUGGCCGUCGUCGUCUUGCCAGGCAUUACAUGAAAUUAUAGACAAGAAUCAAAACUGCAGAUUUUAUAUAUCAAAGCUUGAAGAUGAAGACGUGGAGAAUUCCGCGAUUCCAGUGGAGCUUUGGAUAAAACAGAAGAAGAUGGACGGUCCACUAGCACCGACCAGAAUAGAAAUUAAUUCUGUUAAUAGAAUGUUGGUUGACAAGGGUCUUGCUUUACCUGUAAAAGAAUAUGCGAAGAAACGUGAUAAAAUCGUAGCAGUUGAGCUAAAGCGGCUUGCCAUAAAAAAAUCAGAAAGACUGUUGAAAAGCGAAUCAAACGUAAAAUGGUUUAAAAUAAACAAUGGGGAUGGUGCUGUUGCCGAAGCAGGCAUUAAUAUGGAUUCAAAAAUAUUGUUGGAAUAUUCGAAUUCGAAUUCCGAUAGUGAAGAAUACAGUUCGGAAGAAAUAUUUGACAACAUGCCAACGUUACCAAAGUUAUCGUCGUGGUUACCAGCGGAGCCAAUACUAAAAGAUGUGUUUUCUGCUGUACCUACAUAUUUGGACCAUGAUGGUUUUUUAUAUCUGCACUCCAUAGAACAAAAUACCAAAACACUACAUAGCAUAGAAACAAAACUGCAAGAUCUAUACAAUAAUUGUGCAGUCGAGUCAUGCGAUAUUGUAUGGGCUGCGGGAGACAUGUGCAUCGCUCAGUAUCAUGCAAAUCAAAAAUGGUACCGGGGAAAAGUAGUGAAAGUUUUGGGAAAUGAUAUAUUUGAGGUGGAAUUUGUCGAUUAUGGUAAUGUUGAAGAGUGCUCCAUUGGUACUUUGAAGAAGAAAGUGAUCUUAGAAAACAUACCAAUACAAUGUACUAAAUGUUUAAUUUACGGACUAAAUCCGAAUAACAAAACUGGAAAAUGGACAACGGAAGAUUUAGAUAAAAUACAUGGUCUUCUUAUUGAUAAGAAUUGCGAAGUGUCGAUCUUAGAUGCAACUGAUUUGUUCUAUGUUAUUUCUGUAACAAUAUUCCCAAAUGAACAUUGUAGUCAGACAAUGGAUUUAAUUACAUUUCUAGUCAACGAGUGGAAUAUGAAUAUUAAACUGGAAAUCGAAAACAAUUUGUCAGGAAGGGACACAUCCACGACAGACACGCCGGAUGUAAUUAUUGAAAACUCAAAAUUCAUUUAUUCAGACGAAGAAAUAGAAAAUGUGGCAAAAGACGAAGUUAUCAGUGGAUAUUCUGUGUUAAUGCAACACACGAAUGCGCUGAAUGAAAGUGGUAGCUGUGCUAUGACUGAUCACGAAGAAAAUUUUUCCUGGUGUAAAAGCAAAACUGACAUAGUUACAUCUACGCCUCACAUUGUUUCUGAGGAGAAUCUUUCAAUCAAUUAUAAAGUAAUCGAUAUUCCCCAAGAUAUAGAAUACAUCGAAAUAGAACUAUGCUGCAGUAUUACUGCUACAAAGUUCCAUGCUCAGUUGAAGGAAAAUGCACACUCAACGACUUUGACUACAUACUAUGAACAGUAUCAGCUUCUAAUGAGUGAUUUGCAAGAAAACGCUUGUAAGCAACCCAUGAUUACAUACAUUGCUCCCAACACGCCAUGUUGUGCGAAGUUCAGUGACGGUGUAUGGUACAGAUGUUUGAUUGUCGAGACUGAACCUGCUGCUGGUACAACUGACGUUGAAAUUAAAUUGUUAUACGUGGACUAUGGAAACGAUGAAUACAGAACAGUAAACACUGAACAAUGCGAAUUACAUGCCUUAAAAAAAGAAUGGAUGGACGUACCAGUUUUAGCAAUUAAAUGUAAAUUAUGGAACAUAGAGGUCGCUUCCUCAGCAAAUAAGGAUUCUCUGUUACCCCGAUUAAAAGAAAUGUACAAUAGACGUGUUGUAGCUACAAUUAAAAAAAUUGAUAAUGACUUCAUGUAUAUUGAAUUGUAUGAAAACGAGGAUCGUGAAGAACUUAUUUAUGGUUCACUCAUCCAAGAAGGCAUUUUUAAACGAAUAAAAGAUUGUCAAACAGCAUCACUUAAAAAUAUUAGUCAAUAG